ACUGCGUCUGCCGAUCGUAGCUCAAACAACAAGCCACACUAUGAAAUUCGUGAUCAUCGCCGUCGCCUUCCUGGCUUGUGCUCUUGCCGAUGUCUCGGAGCUGGCCCAGCCCGGCUAUGACUACCCGCAGCCGGCACCGCUGGCGCCUGAGCCAGCACCCGUUGAGUCCUACAUUCCGCCCGCACCACCUGCACCCGAGUACAUUCCGCCUGCACCACCUGCACCCGAGUACAUUCCACCCGCACCAGCAGCACCCCAGCCGGAGUACAUCCCACCAGCUGUCGCCGAGCCCGUGCUCGAGGAGAUCGAGCAGCCCGCUCAGGAUGGCUAUCGCUACAAGACUGUGCGUCGCCGGGUCUUCCGUCAUCGCAACUAA